ACAUUUAAAUUAGUCUAAAAUUUGAAGUGAGUGUUCAGUGACCUUCAAAAUUUCCCAGCCCCAACCCCUUUUUCGGCCAUGGACUUCGAUUUCCUCACUCCGCCGCCUGAGGAGCGCAUCAUACGCACCCACAACCUCAGCGAAGAUCAGGUUAAGGAUCUUGAGAUGGCCUUUUCCCUGUUCGACGACCAAGACCACAAGGUUAUACCCAUAAUGCAGUUGAGGGACCUAAUGCGAACUGUGGCCUACAAUCCCAGUGAUGCGGAGCUGCAGGAUAUAUAUGCCGAUAUAGACACUGAUGGAUCAGGCGAGCUAUAUCUUAGCGAUUUUCUUUAUAUUAUGUCUCUCAGGUAUGAAAACAUGACGACCGAGGAUGAGGUUAUUGCCGCCUUUAGGUUUUUCGACAAGAAUGGAACCGGCGUUAUAUCGGAAUCCGAGUUCCGUCACAUCAUGAAGAACUUGGGAGAGCAAAUGUCGGAUGAUGAGGUCGAGGAAAUAAUUCGCGAUGCUGAUUCCGAUAAUGAGGGCAACAUAGACUAUGUGCGAUUUGUCAACAUGAUGUCCACUACAUGAAGUGCUAAGCAGGCGUUGCAUAUUAAGACCCUGACUUUUCAUUUUCAAAUCAGUUUCGAUGUCUGAGUUAACGGAGGAGCAGAUUGCCGAGUUCAAGGACGCCUUCGCCCAAUUCGAUAAGGAUGCUACAGGAAAGAUCGCUACCCGUGAGUUGGGUACCUUGAUGCGUACCUUG